AAUGACCCCGGGGCUUCUCGGUUUUCGCUGGUUGCAGUGCGAUGUGCCCCUUCCUAGUUCCAGGAAAUCAAAUGCAGUUGCAGUAAAUUUAGUCCAAGUCAAAGAAGAAACUGCAGAAAGUCAUGAAAUAAUAACACUGAAGGAGGCCAUUAAAGGAUACCACUGAUAUUUUUAAAUAAAAACAUGGAUUUUUCUGAGGAAAUGAAUGAAAAACUGCGAGAAAUGUGUUGCAUUGGCGAAGUAGACACUGCACUCAACUUGCUUAGAAGUGGUGCCGAUAUCAAUUCACAAAAUAAAAUGAACGGAUGGACAUGUUUACACUGGGCUGCUAAACGUGGUCACACCGCCCUAGUUAAAAUUCUCAUGCAUAAUGGAGGCGAUGCUGAUUUAAAAAAUUUUAAGGGUGAGACUGCGUACGAUAUUGCAUUAAAUAAAGAACUGAAAGAAAUCUUAUUUAAUAACCACGAGGAGUCGAGCACUUCGCAAAUUUGUCAAAAAGAGGUACAAGAUCUUACUAAAGAGAUGAACAAUAAUAGCGUGUUUAAACCAAUUCCAAGUGAGAAGAAAUUUGUUCCAAAUUAUUUAAGUAAUCCUGUGUUUCCUUAUAAUGGCAGACAAAAUAAUCUUUUUAAGCCACAAGCUACGAAUGGCUCCUUUCAAAAUGAUAUACUUAACGAAAGUAAACAACUGAAGGAAAUAGGUAAUGACGUUGAUUCAGAACUAGUUUUGAAAGUUCGGAAUGCUGCUUCAGAUGAGCAAGAUUUUAUUGAAAUCGAACUCGACAAAAAAAAGUUGACAUUCGAUUGCUUUAUGCAAGUUUGUUGCGAGGAGUUGAAUAUUUCCAAAGACAAUGUAAAAAAGAUUCGAAAGCUGCCGAAUACGAUAAUACGCAAAGAUAAAGAUGUUAGUCGACUGAAAGAUUUUCAAGAAAUUGAAUUAAUUUUGUAAAGCUACAUUUGAUAAUUUGUAUAAAAUAAUUGUGGGUUUUGCUAUAUAUUUUUGGGCGUUUAUUUGUGUGUUUUUGAUAUGGUAAGAGAUGUUCGUGACAUUAAGUAUUGGAAAUCUACGUGAUAAAUUUAAAAAAAACCUCCUUUUUUGUAUUGGUGUAAUGGAAUAUAACGUCCAAUUAUCCAACAUUUAGAAACGGUAACAUACGAAAUUAUUAUUUUUAGGUGCUUUAAACAAUGACGACGCAAUUUCCUACUUUUGUGCUAAACCCUAAAGUCUGGGUGUGGUAGGCUGAUAUUUUUUUUUCAACUUCUGAAAUGCUCGAUAAACUGUAAUAAAAUUUUGCAAACAUUAAUAGAUUGUCCACAACUUUUACCUCACAUUGUUAAAUUGUUCAGUCUCGAAUUAUUAUUCAUUGAUUAGAACCAGUUUAACAGGACCUAUAAAAGUGAUGUGUGAUAAAUUAUUGUUGAACAAAGUGUGUUGAUGCGAGUAUAUGUUUUAUAAUUAAUAACGAGAUGUUAAUAACGAGAAUUUUUAUUUUGAAAUAUACCACCUUGUCAAUGAAAACAGGUGGGUAGAAUUUUUUAGUCUGUAUUAUAUGAAUAUAAGUCAGUGAUAAAUAUAAAUAUUAGUCACUUAUCCAAAAUACGGUUACUUUAGACCAACUUUUUUACCGAUUAGAAAGUAAUUACGUUAGUCGCGAAUCUAUGAUCUUAACAAUUUAGCAAGCAUUAACUUUCACGAAAAGAUAACCUUUCAAUGAUCAAACCUCAAAACGUAUUCUUUUAAUAUCAAAGCAUAAGACUAAAGCUGAAAAAGACUGUUCUUGGGUCGAAUUUUGUUUUUGCAAAAAUUAACUUUCGCGAAUUUGGCCAAAUUUUGCGACAUUGGUGAAAGUUUCUGCGCUUAAGUUAAUACUCAGUAUAAACACAUACAUACUUUUGGGAGUAAAAUCUCUAAAACUUAGGAAUAUAAUAUAAGACCAAACGAUACCUAAAUCUCCAUUGCUUAAUAACCUUUAUUUUUUUUUCAUACGCAGUUACUUAUCAUAUUGUAACAUAUGUUGGGCAAGCAAUAAUGUAAAUAAAUUAAAAAAAAAUUUAUAAUUAACAAAAGCAAGCUUGUCGUGCAAUUUUUGCUUUAGACAGACAUGCACAAAACAACACUUAUUUCUUCAAAUUGGGGCUUUGAACGUCUAUCUAUUGAAUAUACAUCAAGUUUUACUUUUUAUGUAUAAAAUAAAACAGAACGUAACACCAAAAAUGUUUACUACUCAAUUUACAACGUAAAUAUAAUACCAGAUUUUUAAAAAAUGAUUAUAUAGUACCAAAUUUUUUUAAUAAAAUCUAGAACAUUUUCAAUUAGACAUAGGGGACCAUACCUUUGGAAUUCUUCUUAAAACAAACUUCAUUGGACAUUUAUCUAUAUUAAAAUACCCGUAUACGUCUGUCUGUCUGUUUGUCACGCAAAGUGGUAGCUUAGCUGCGCAAGUAGCGAAACGCACGCAAUGCGGUAUAAAAAGGACGGGCAAGCCCGUGGAUUUUUCCAUGGGCUAACGACUAGUAUUUAAUGUUAUUGUAACUCUCUUGCUUUUUUAUUAAAAACGGGGGUUUAUGAUAAGUAACCUCGUGCCUUCUUUUUGCUCCCGCCAUUUUUGUAUAUUUGAAGAAAUAUAAUAACCUGUAAUAUCUAUCUAACGGAGAAAAUAUAUC